UCCCUGACAAACCACAGUCUACACACUCACACUUACUUCCCCCAAAUUCCAUUGCUUUUCCACUCUCUUCAAUGGCUUCUCCUUCUUCCUCUUUGUCCAUUGCUUUCUUCAUUGCCCUCUCCAUAACAUCCUUGGCUCAUGCCAGAGAGAGCCAAUUCUUUAGCAAAGCCACCAAGGAGACCACAACUGUGCAUGUCCCCAACAGUGAACAACAAAAGCAGCAAGAUGAAACUCUGACCAAGCAACAAGUCGAUGAGCCAAACUUCAUCCCGCAGACCACCCCGAACGGCUACGGCCUAUAUGGCCACGAGACUGGCCAGCUCCCUCCCUCUGCCACCACCACCACCACCGAAGAACGCCUCCCGUACAGGACCACCACCACCACCCCCACCGUCCCCGAAGAGUCCCUCUACGGCAAGUAUGAACAGAACACUGACAACUACGAGCAGAACAAGCAGAUUAAUGGGAAGAACAACUACUACUACAACAAGGAAUCGUAUGUGACUGACGAGGAGAGGGCCGCCGGGUUGGGCAAUCGCUACACCACCACCUCUGCAUCUCUCGCUGACCGGAACAACUAUUACAGUGGCGGCAACUCCUACGGCAAUGCGAAGCAAGAGGGCAUGAGCGACACCCGGUUCAUGGAAAACGGGAAGUACUACUACGACAUUGACAACGAGGAGAAAUAUAAUCCGAACUACAGGUCCCAGAACACAAGGACAACAUCGAGGAGCAGCGAGUACAACCCGAACAUGAUGAACGGAGGAUACUACGGGAACAACUACAAGAAUUCGAAUUACAAGUACAAUGGAAACACCAUGGGAGGGUACGAACAGAACCAGGAGGAGUUCCAGGACGUCCAAGACGAGUUCGUGCCUUAAGAAGAUAACUUGAGAAGAACAAAUUAAUGGUUUUUGAAUUAUGGGUUUCAUGUUUUAAUCAUAAAUUAUGGUUGAGCGAGAAAAAAUCUAAAAGAUAUCAAAUGUUAUCUCUCUCUCUCGUGGUUAUUUUAAAAAUACAUUAUUCCACUUUAAUCAAUUUGCAUAUAUAGUCUAUAUGGGAACUUGUAUUUCGGUAAAAAUAGAAAAGGGUAAAUGGCAGCAGGUUCUAUAUUUUUGUC